AUGUCGCUGAAUCUGUUUGACAUUCCCGACAUUGACUAUAGCUAUGAAGCCAAACGGUGGAUUCCUUUCAAACCAGCUAAUACUGGAACACGACCUAUUCUUUUUACUGUACCAGCAGGGGAUGAUUAUUAUGAUUUAAAUGAAACCAAGCUAGAAAUCAAAGUGCGACUGAACACUGCAGGGACACAAGGUAUUUCUAGUGCAGAGGGCGCGCCUUCGGAUGCUAAUAAUACCAAAUUUGUCUAUUGCGUCAACACUUUUGGUCAUUCUCUCUUUAAUCAAAUGAAUGUGUCUUUCAAUGGAGUGUUGAUGACAGAACAAAGCAAUGCCUAUCACCAGAAAGCUUACCUAGAAACCCUACAGAAUUUUAAUCGUCAAGAAGGAGAAACGACUUUGGCUGCUCAAGGAUGGGUGAAUGAGCUCAAUGUCAAGGAAGAGUUAACUCCUACCAAUGCGGCCAAUGAUGAUGAACCUAACCCAGCAGCAUGGAGUGGAAAAACAGGCGUGAAAGCACUCACCAGUCGCUUACUCGGCAAAGCGUAUCAUACCUUUAUCAUCAAACCUCACAUCGCGGUGUUCAGAACAGGCAAAUGUUUGGUACCUAAUGUACACAUUGAUUUGGAAUUGUAUUUGAAUGACAGAAACACGUUUCUGUUUGGCACCCCAGACGCAACUACGACAGUCAACAAAAAGAUUCCAACACUGGGAGACAAUGAUUUGUUUGUCACACUCUGGAUGAAAAAAGUCACUCGCAAUGCCUCUGUGUAUUCCAGGCUACAAAAAGAAAGAAGUUUGAGUGAAACCAAAAAAGUCCGCUACCCUGUAGUUCGAAGUGAAAUCCAGACGUAUUCGUUCGAUGAAAACAGCACUCGUUGGUCUCAGGACAAUGUCUUCUUGAACAAGGUUCCCGUCAAAGUCAUUAUCGGACUCAUGAAUUCCACUAAUUACAAUGGAAGUCUGAAGUAUUACCCUUAUGCCUAUGAAAAGUUUGGCGUCACCAGAGUUCGACAACGAAUUGACAGAGAAGAAUACCCUUACAGAGCCUUGGAACUAACAGGCAAUUCCAAAGCCGAAGAUUUAGUAGGUUAUGAUCGCUUCCUCACAGCGUCAGGCGCUUACAAGCACCACAGGGUACCCAUGCUGCUCCCAAGCGACUGGGGACAAGGCAACAAUUGUACCUUGUUCAUGUUUAAGAGGCCCUGCCCCUAAGAAACGACCGACGAUUUCCGGCUAAAAAAUAAAAUCGGCCGAUUUUUAUCUCCCAAGUAGAGGUUACCGAAUACUAUUCAAAAAUGAAUUUCUUUUGUUUCAGUUUCGCUUUAAACCAAAAAUAUCGAGCCGCAAACUUUUUCCGUCUGAUAGCAGCAAAAUCAGGCCUAAAAUAAGCUCUCGCAAAAAACGGUUCAGAAAUCACUAUCGCAACGCAAAAUAGCGAGAAAACCACACAGUGAUGAAGAAAAAGGCCUCUUAAUGCAAUAUCAUUCGAUAAACAUCGAAAAAUUGCCGAAGGGAAUAAAAAAUAAAUUUUCAAAUAUUGCAUAUUAAAUUAGAUGGAGCGUUGGAGUUGAUUUUAAAACAAUAAUUUCUCAAAAGUCCAACACUGCUGAAAGCAAUCACAGUGAUGAAUCAGACAUUGGAGGGAUAUACAUCACGUUUUCGGAAAAACAUUUUUCGGCCAAAGUAUACUGACGUUGUAAAAACCGUUCAAAGUUACCGUAUUUACCGUUAAGUUGCCACUUCGGCGAAACACUUCUCUGUUGCCAAUAUGGCCAAGGAUAGCGUCGUAAACGCCACUUUAAGCCUUGCUAGGCGCUCAUAACCAUCCUAAAUAGAAUUAUAUAGAAUUAAAAGAGAAAGGAAAAUGAAAGAUUCGCAGAAAAAGAGAAUAACUCGAAAUUACCAUCUGCUAAGGAGAGUUGAAUCUUGAAAAUGUUGUCGCGUGACAGCGUUCAUUUUUCCGAACUGCAGCGGGAUCCAAACAAAUACGUGAAAUAUAAGUUGAAAAAAAACAGUCUUUCUAUCACCAGAAAUCGUGAAGUGAAACAGUUUUAUGUUUUUCCUAUUAAUGAUGGUGAAUUCAGCCUCAGCUAGUCUCCAAGUACUUUGAAGGUGGGCUGCUUGUAUUUCGUUACAUACAUUCCAACGGACAUUACGGGUCAGCGCGUGUAGGGGUCAGCGGACCUGAAGAAAGGUGACGAAGUUGGAGAGCAACGCCAUGCUAGGGGGGACAUUGGUAGGUACCCAAUACCGAAAAUAAAUGCAGUAUCGGUAUUUCGUCGAUUUUUGACACGGUAUUUCGGUAUUUACCAAUUUUUCUCACGGUAUUGCGGUACUUAAUCAAUUUAAUUUAAUUCAGGAGUCCAUCAUUGAUGGGCUUCUGUUUAAUUUUGCGAGGAAACGUGAGACGACCUCGAACUGAUCGGUACAACGAACGAAAAAGAUACCCUACCAAUUUCAUCACAGAUUAUCUGUCAGAAAUUGUGUAAUGGUAAUCAUUUACCAUUAAUCUAAAGUCUUAAAAAUACUGACGAGCAUUAAACUAGCCUGCGUAGCAGGCGCUUGGAAGAAGUGGGCGCGAGAGAGAACGGGCGCGCGUGAGGGAGACACGCGAGGGGUCAUCCAAACGCCUGCUACGCAGGCUAGCAUGAAACAGGAGAGGGCAAUGAACAGUACCACAAUACCGUGAUCUUCUUUUACCGAAGACCGUUAACCAAAAGGAAGAAAUACCGCCUAUCGCAGGGCUAAAUGAUAUUACCGCAAUACCCUACUUUAAAAUCCAAAUUACCGAAAUAUCGCAUGAAAAAAAAGCUCAAUACCGUAAGCCCCCAUUUCCCCCUCCAUGCUGUUGAAGAGGUGAUAGAAUAUUUGGGCUUAAAACAUCCAAUUAUAUUUGAUGUUUACAAUCUUUGUCAUAAUUAUCACAGCAACAAACUUUCAUCUUUCAAUGUUAGUGUUGAAAGACAUGUGCGGGUAUUUCGAAAUACCUUACAAAUCUACAGAUCUGAAAAGAGACCUUUUAGCCAAGGUUUCAGUGUAAAGGAAUGUGACUGAGUGCAGCAAAAAAUAAUUUCAUUCUGUAACUUUCCUGCGCAAGAGUCUGAGUGCAUGGUAUGCUGUCCAAUCGGUAAUGUAACAAGUUGUGCGUUGUGCAUUGGUUAUCAUCUAAAUAUCAUAAAUAUUAUUGUGGAAACAAAUUAUGAAGCAUAUUAUAAAAUGAAGUUGCAAAAUGAGUGAGGCACUUUCAUCGAUUUAAAAGUCUUACCGGUCUCCUAUAUUUUUUUAUGAUGUCCUCCCCAAUAUUAUAUUUGGGUGACCCUAUUCGGCGGAAUGGCGGAAUACAUGCAAUCAGUUGUAAAAUACGGAAUAUACGUAAUACUCUAAAACACUGAAUUUACAGAAUAUUCUGUAUUUGAUUUGAACUGGACUGACGAAAAAGCAGAGGCAAUAUUAAAAAUUCAAUUUUCGUACUGCCUUAAGCCACACUAUAGACCUUAUGACGGUUUUGAAAGCCCUGAUCUUGACGGGUGAAGGGUCCGGUAUCAAGGGAAUCUAAUUUCGGAUAACUUUCAUAAAACGGCUGUUCUAAAAAAAAAAAGAAUUGUAAACUUAAGCGUGACAGGAUUGUACUACCAAUUAAUGGGGGCCGCACCUGUGCCUAAAUUUGUCCGGUCGCUUGCUUUAGAUUUACCAGAGUCUUCAAAGUCUUCAAAGGAAUGAUCUCUUCUUCAAAUUUUGUGGAGAUUGCUCGGCUGGUCGUUCUGGCGAGGAAGGAUCCAGGGACAAUAAGUCCGUUUUCCAGUCUCCUUGAUCCAUUACCUUAAUCGACUUGCACUUUAAUUUGUUUUGACUGCGAGCUUUUUUAAGAAAGGUGAAUAUAAGGAAGGAAAGUUCCAUCGACAAAGUGCCCAACAAGUUUCAAGGUAAGUCCCUCGCGUUAACCGAGCAUUCACCGUCAGUAUUUGUUACUGCUACAGUUUCAAGUGUUGUUCGUUUUUAAAUAAAUAUCAAAGUUCUUUUUUUAACAUUUGGUUUUUUCUCAAAAAAGAAAUAAGCGCCCUGUCCAGAAUAAGCGUCCUCCCUAGAGGCACCAAAAGUAAAUAAGCGCCUGGGCGCUAAAUCGAAUCAUUACGGUAAGUCAAUUCUUUUACUUGUCACGCGCUUAAAACAUGGUUCGAGUUAAUGAGGGUAAAAUUAUAUAGAAAUGAUCUGAAGAGAAACAAAAAUUAGUAUUACUUCGAGUUAGCACGAGGUUUGAGUCAGUAGCUAGGGUUCGAGUUAUUGGAGUCGACUGUAUACAUGUAUACCCUUUUUAAACGAUUUUUCUCUUACUAAUAUACAUAGAUAUAGAUAGAUAGAUAGAUAGAUAGAUAGAUAGAUAGAUAGAUAUAUUCUGCGUUUUAGAGUAUUCCGUAUAUUCCGUAUUUUAGAAUAUUCCAUGUAUUCCAUCAUUCCGUUCCUUCAUUCCGUCAGUCCGCCAUUCCACCCAAUAUUUUCAUGUCCAAGAUUCGAUAUUUUUCAUGUCCAAGAAAAUACUAAACGCGAGGCUAAUCAUUGUGCCAAGAAUUGAAUCUGUUAGCUACAUUUUAUAGCGCCAGAUAAUAGUCCUUUGAGAAAAAAAACCGUAAUUCUUGGGCGUAAUGAACUCGGUUGAAGGAAGACAUUGGACAUUGACAUGAAUGAUUCUCGCCCGAAAAAAAAACAUCGGAUCAGAUUUCUUUCAAUAGACCGCUGGCCAGAAGCGUCGACUCGUGACCCCACAACGAUCACCCGAUUCACUCAAAGGGUACUGGGUAUCACCCGUAAAAAUGAUACCCAAAUUACCGGGUAUCACUAGCCUGUUCCAGGCUCCGAGAUAGUGGUGAAAAGUCGUUCCGGUGUCACAGCGUUUUGGGUAUCCCCGCGUUUUGGGCAUCCCCAUUCCCAUAUCCCUAGCGUUUUGGGCAUCCCCGGUGGGGGAUGCCCAAAACGCUGAUCACUUCGACUUUGCCUAAAUUAUUUCAGACUGGGGAAAAGUCGGGAUUGUUAAUCACGAAUUUACGGCUAAAUAGUGUUGAUGCAUGUUAGAAUUAUAUCGUCCGACACUUUUUGCCGGGUUAAUUGCGCAGAAAAAAACCCAUCGGCAGUAAACGUUGACUCAAAACAUGACGAAACUGAAAUUUACAACCGCAUAACAUGGCUUCGAUGCACGACACUUCAUUGUUUGCAAAGCUUUCAAUUUUAUGUAAUAGAACUGUUUACAAGCGAGCAAUGCUGCAAUCGCCGGCAGCUGCGAUCGUCUGCUUCCAAACAGCCAAAAACAAGAAUACUAAACAAAGGAAUCAAAAGGUAAACAUGAAUAAAACUGCGUUUUGCGGUGUUGCAUUCAUAGUAUUCAUGACAUUUGAGGCCUGUACAACUUAACCCCGCAGCGCUACUUGAUACAGGAAAGGCUGUCACACAAUUAAAGAGGCCUCAAAUCAUCAGAAAUAACCGGAGGUGGGGUAACAAUUCCCCAAAAAAAAAAAAAAAAACCUACAGUGCAAGGGAAAGGCAUGUCUAGAAAAAAAUCCUGUAGUUAUGUAGUUAUGAUAAAUGGACGCUCCAAUGAUGGUCACUAGAAGAUAUGUUGUGCUUGGCGCACGGGCGUGACAGCCGGCGUGACACAAAUGGAUGUUCAAGGCCACACUUAGGCAACUGACAGAAAAUCUGUCAUCUCGACCCUUCAGAAAUAUAACUUCUGAUCUUUGGCUUCACAUAAAAUAAUAACAAACAAGGACUCCGGUUUACAAUGCCCUUUGACAACCUACCAAAAGAUGCAAUUAUGUCUCACCCUUUCAAAGAACACUGACAACAGAAGAAAUUUAGCGUAUGUUUUCGAUUAUCAACGCGGGUGUUUUAAAAACACGAUCAAUUGGCAAAUAAAUAACAUUUGUAACUACACUGUAACCAUUUCUAUCGUGUCCUUGUAGUAGUCAGGCCAGUAAAACCGCUCUUUGAUUUUCCUCAGAGUGAUAUUGCGGCCGGCGUGUCCAGAAAAAGGAGCAGAGUGGCACUCUUCGAAGACCCUCGCUUUAUCUUCCUCGGCGAUAACAAGACGUCGAAGCGCUGUGCCAUCCUUCUCCUUGGCCACGUAGAACAAGGACACUAAUUUUGAGUCAUACUCAAACUUUUUGGCGAAUUUUCUAAGAAUUGUUUUGUCCUGCUUUGUAAAACCUUCCGGAUAAACCUUAUUUUUAAGAUACCGGAACAGAUUUGUAUAUUUAGCGGAAUCCAUCUCUAAAAGGUUUUCGAUUUUCCCGCGAAAUCUCAAAUUGUUUUGGAGGGGAUGCCCAAAACGCUAGGGAUUUGGGCAUCCCGGGAGGGUACCGGGGGAUGCCCAAAACGCUGCAGUAAUAUGAGAAGGGGAUACCCAAAACGCUAGGGAUAUGGGAAUGGGGAUGCCCAAAACGCGGGGAUGCCCAAAACGCUGUGACACCGGUAAAAAGAAAUGAAAAAAACGCGCGGGAGCUGGGGAGAGACGGGGCCGCCGCCACCGCCCCCUUUCCCAAGUCGCGCGCGUCUUAUUUUCGCUUUGCUCGUGACGUCACGGCGGCCAUGUUGGUGGUCAAGAACAAAAGCAUUUCUAUUUUCAUGUAAAUUCUUCGAGGAAAUAUUCUUUUGUUUUGACCCCCAACAUGGCCGCCUUGUGACGUGGUUGCAAACCAAGAAUACUAUCUGAGAGCCUGGCACAGGCUAGGGUAUCACCCGCCAUAGUACGUGCUCACGUGCUAUAGUACGACUGAGAAAGUACUGUACCAGAUGGUACAGGAUGACGGAUAAAAUGUGUUGUAAUUGCACGGUUAUCGGUCUUAUUAUAAAAUCUGUUGCAGCACGCGGUCACUGAGGUUAUAUUUUAACGUACAAAGCAGUAUUUAAUGGGCCGGUAAGUUGUGAAAGCCUUUAUUUUGUUCAUUAUUUUUGCCUUAGUUUUUUACCUAUCUUUUCUGAUGCUGUUGACACUUUAACAGACCAGUUCGUUUGGUUGCGGGCGGACACUGCGGUAAGCAGGAGAAGAACAGCUUAGUGCGAGCAUUUCGGAUGAUGCCGGUGAACAGGAUCGCGACGAUUUACGACGUAGACUGAUCUUUGGCAGGUAUUAUGCAGCUUACCAUUUCGCUUUCGAACCUCGCUUUCAGCGAUAAUUGAGCCAGAAAACCUCUACAUGUAAACUUAAGCUUAACACUGAUCUUCGCUAUAGAAAGACUGUCAAGGGUAGACGAUGUGUGUGCCAAGUUACGACAACCUGCUCUAACGACAACUUUUCUAAAGAAGGUUCGUUUCAAAGAACAACAGGUGUCACCUCUGACUCCGAAGCUGGUAUUCUUCGUCGUUGCUUGGACUGCAGUGCAACAGCAAAGGUUUGCGAAUCUUGUGCAAUUUCACGGCAAAUUAGAUAUUUUUCAUCGUCUGGAAAUCCUUAAGGUACUUAAGACUAAGUUGGUCCCUGAUCUAGGUACGUAAGUUGGUAUAAUAUAAGUUGCAAUACUGAGUACGAGUUGAUUAAAAAUGUAGAUUUCUACCUGUUCAACCCGCACUUCAAAUCAAAUUGUUGUAAAUCCAGUCAAUCCCCCUUAUGCUUUUAAACUUCAUGCUAAUUAUUUUAUUUUUGAAAAAAUGUACGUGGUAGGUACUAAGAGAAAGCAUUUGCAUUCUCAGCUGCUCUAACUGCAUCUCAUUGAAGUUGCUUAAACUUGGCUAGAAACUGCUCUCAGAACCCUUUGUCAACUACGUUAUUUGUCAGUCAUUACAAUUUAUCAUUUUGCUUUUUUUUCAAAUUAUUAUCUUAUUAAAUUUUAUAUAUAGAAGUUGCAGCAGACAGUCUAACAUGAUUUUAUAAAUAUAUACCUGCCUUAGUAUCACGUGCAUCCCCAGCUGCCUCUAAACAAACCUUGGUUUCUGUAUUAGCUUGUGUGCACCACCAUCACAAAGAUUUUCCUUACUUCCCGUUAUUCUAUGGUUUUACAGAUCCCAUUUGAAACCAAUGUAUGCAUUGAAAGCUGCCCCCAUUGUUGGUUUGUCAUUUUCAGUAGAUUUCCUUUCGAAAUGGUUGAAAAACAAGUUUAUUUAAACUAGUUUGCAUGAAAUAUAGGGCUAAAAAAUGCAUCUUUGAUCCUUGUUUCAUGCUUUAUGUUCCAGAUUUGUUAUUGUGAAAAGUGCACUUAGCAUGCAUUCCAGCUAUUUCUACAGGCACUCCACGCAAAUCAUUAUGGAAACAAAUAAUUCAACAAUUAGAACGUAACAGGAUUAAAAACCCCAACUGGCACUGGAGGCAACCAUUAAAACUAUUAACAAUCAAGGCUGCGACUAAGAACAAAUCAGGCAAGUGACCACAGCAGGACCCGAACCAAGGACUGCUAGAUUGCAACUUGUCUGAUGUGGUUCCUUACUCAGCCAGUCACUUCCUCAUGAGUAUGGCAUUCCAUAAUUUUUGUUUACGAGGAGGAGAAUUAUAUAUUCAGUUGAAACUCCACGAAUCACUCCACAAUGGCCACGUCUCUAUAACGGCCAUUUUUUGGCGGACAGUCCAUACAUUCACUCUUGUUUCAACCUCUCUACAAGGGCUGCUUCUCUACAAUGGGCACUUUCUUCUGUCCCCAAGGUGGCCGUUUUAGAGGGUUUCAACCGUAGUACUCUUUCAUCUUACCAAGAACCCUGCAAAGUACUUGACAGACAUCAGUGCUCAUGUAACAUCCUGCUCUCCCUCACCUCUUUUGUAUUUAUUGUUAUUCUUAUGAUUUAAAAUGUGGUGCUAUAAAGCCACUCGUCAAUGAUUUCUUUAAGUUCAAUGUAGUUGAUUUACACAUCUGCUUAAUGUGCAUUGAUUACUGUGUUUUAUAUAAUUAUGUUUGUACUCUUACAGCACAUAACUUAGAUAUUACUCUUUUGUCUUUUUCAGUUCUAGCCUGUAGUAUUUCAAGUGGUUGUCAAUGAACAUGUUUGCAGCUGUGAAGCCAAGUUUUUUUAAAUUUACCAAGCUUAAUCUUAGGGGUUCCACACCAACCAUGCCAAAUGAAAUGUUUUGAGUUAUUUUGCAAUUGAAUAUCUAUAGCUUUUAAUUUUUGAUACCAAAUCUUUUAGCUGUGUUUAUUGUUUCCACCAUGGCCCUUGUCCACCGACCAGGCAGUGUUAUUGGGAGAUAUCAGGCUGACUUACGGUACUUUUAGAUGUCAGAAACAUUCACUAUAAAAUUAUUAAUCCAUACACACAGGGAGUGGUGAUAUUGAGUAUGGUUUAAAAUUCAAAAUAAUAUUCUUAGCAUUUCCAACCUGUGUUAUAUGCAGAUCCCAACAAAGCAGGUAUUUAGAGGAGAGAAAUGCUCACAAUUUACAGGAUGAAUUUAAGUUCCUGAAUUGCAAAGUGAAACUUUGGGGAAGCAAAAAACAUAAUACAUGAUGGUGUGAAAACAAAGCUGUUAACAAGAAAAAAAUAAAACUAAGAAUUCAAUACUACUACAUGUGUAACCCAGACAAAUGUGCAAGUAAUAUUCUCUAAAAGCAAUGAUCAAAUAAAUCUCUUUUCCCAAUUUCAUUUUACAUGCAGGUGUCUGCUACAAAAGACAAGGGAUUAGAGGAAGUGAAAGAAUGCACUGUCACAGAGAAGAUUCCAUUGUUACUCUCUGGAAGCCAGCUCACAGCUUAAAUCCUUAGUGGCCUUUUACUAAACCCAAGUUUUGCUAUCAGUUAGCCUUCCACUGAUGCAGGCUUUCUUGUGGCUCAUCACACAAUCCUCCUCAAAGAGCAUGGCCUAGGAAUGUCUGCAUGGGAGGCUAGCUAUCUGUGGGCUGGCUUUAAUACUUUCAUGUAAUUUAUAUGUCUGCUACAGUCACUGUUUAUGUGAUUGAAAUAAGUAUGCAAAGAAGCUGCAUUUGUCUCACCCUUAUCAAAGGCACCCAAAGUUCAUAAAACUAGUGCCCAAGUCUUAUAUAUUGUCAAAACAAUAAUAUUAUAUUGCAUUAUAUGGCAAAAAGAUGAGUAAAUGAGUUUUCAAUUAAAACUGUGUCCCUUGCUUCUCGAAGCAUUUCUUCUUUCUUUUGAGGAUUAGGGGUACAGAUUUCGUAAGAAGCGUUUCAUAAGAUUGAAAAGCAAAGCAAAACAAACAAGGAAUGCAGACUUUUUAAGGCCCAUUUUUUUCUGUGCCCUUCCUUUGAUGAACUGUAUUGAAUGCAAGUUUCAGAUGUCAACCGUCAACUUUGUUUCAAGUUAUUGGUAGAGGACAAGUUAAUUAUAGUGAGUAAAAAAGGUUAUUUUCUAUAUUUUGUAGUUCUGUGUGAUUCACCGUUUUAUACACAAACUGUUAGAUUGAUGCCAUAUUUCAAAUUGUAGAAAAUGUUGUUGGGUUGUGGGUGUAAUUUUAAACCAAAUAUUGUUAUGAAAGGCAAAUGCAUACACUUAACUUGGGGACAAAUUAUAUUCCAUUGAUGUGUUUUUUUACAUUGUGUAAAAUUCCACUACAAAAAGGGCUGCCGAAACUGGCAAAGGCGGCACACUUUUGUAUUUAAUCUUACAUUUUAAGCGUGGUAUGGCCAUUCCCACGUUCCUUUGGGGUUCCAUCAAGUGAAUUACCCGAAAGCAGACCUUUGGCUGCAAAAUGAGUUCCAGUGAGAGGGUCGGGGCGGGGUCCGGACCCGCCCCCAUCAGGCCUGUGGUUGUUUGUUUUUUAUUACUCGUUUGACCCUGAAAGUUUUGCAUCUGUAGGAUCGCAUAUCACGAUUCAACUUGUUGAUUUUUCAUUGAAACGCGCGGUACCUUUUGGCACGAUUAAAUUUCAGGCAUAUUUGAAAAAUAUGUAAUUUUGGGAGAGUACUCUCAGAUGAUCUGUUCGUUUCAGGAUUCCGAAUCAAAGAUUGGACCCCCUAAUUAAAAAAAAAUUCUGGAUCCGCCCCUGACGUAGAGCUAUCGAUUUGUAAGAUGCAUCUCCUGCAUCGAGCUAAAAAAGACGGAACCUUGCUUCAGAAAAUACGAGGAACGUAAAGGCUGGUUUUCACUAGCGACGACGGAGUCGGAGUUGUAAUCACAAGCGUAGAGCUUAUGAUGUGUUGAAAACAUCGGUCUGAUUCCGCUUACUACUCCGUCGCUUACAAUCCGCUUAUGAUCCAGUGAAAAACAGAUUGUCGGAGUCGGAAUCAGAAGCGGAAGAACUAAACCAAUCACAAAGCGUGGGAACGUGCAUUGUGACUGUUUUAACCUUCCGCUUCUGCUUCCGACUCCGACAAUCUGGUUUUCACUAAAACAUAACCGGAAUGUAGGCGACGGGAGUCGUAAGGAGGCUCGGAAGAAAAAGGGAAACUUCGGAUUUCAUCGCGCUUGUGACUGCGCGUACGAUUCUGAUUUUUGAUUUUCACCAGGUCACAAGCGCUCUUACAACUUCGACUCUGACUCCGAACUCCGUCGCUAGUGAAAACCAGCCUUAAUUGAGCAUUUAAACGGGCAGCACGCGACGUUUUCCGCUUCGUUAAGGCUGGUUUUCACUAGCGACGGAGUCGGAAUCGUAAGAGCGCUUAUGACCCAGUGAAAAUCAAAAAGUGGGAGUCGUAAGCGGAGUCAAAAGUGCGACGGAAUCGGAGUCAGAAGAAUGAGAACGUUUCCAUUUCUUCGGACUCCGCUUACGACUCAGUCGCUUACGUUCCGCUUAUGAUCUAGUGAAAACCAGAUGGUCGGAGUCGGAAGCAGAAGCGGAAGGAUAAGCCAAUCACAAUGCACAUUCCCACGCUUUGAGAUUGGUUUUGUUCUUCUGCUUCUGCUUGCGACUCCGACAAUCUGGUUUCACUAGAUCAUAAGCGGAACAUAAGCGACGGAGUCGUAAGCGGAAUUGGAACGCUGCUUUCACUAGAUCAUAAGCUCUACGCUUCUGAUUACGACUCCGACUCCGACUCCGUCGCUAGUGAAAACCAGCCUUUCAUAGACGCCACGGUAUCUCCUUCAGUUUGCCCUUAAAGGAGAAAGUGAAAUAUAUUUCGGAAAAUGAAACUGUUGCCUUUUGAGGGGCAACUUCUAAAGGUCAAACAUUUUUGCAAUGUCAUAUUGAAGACAUCUCCCUCCCAAACUUUAUUUUUUAAUCUAUGAGUAUUCCGUUCAACAGCGAUAAGGGUGAGGCUAAGGAAAUGUCUGACUGCUACUCUCGGAAACAGAGGAUGAUGCACUGGAUAGCGAAACAGAAUGUCAUUUGGACCAUAUUGACAGUGCAUUUUUCAGGUAUUCGGGAUGUUAUUUCUUGUCCUUAGAUCCCAUGUCCUAAUGCACACUUAUGUGUAGAAAGGAACCAGCAAAGGCGUCAAUAGAAAAUCUGGAAAAAUUCGCCAGAGGGUAAGAGGGUAAUUUGAAGAAAAUGACGAAUAAUUCAAAAAUGGCGAAUGCCAAAGAUUUAAUUAGUGAAAAUUCUACAGAGAUGGCGGUUUAAAGGGGCCCCUUAAAAAGUGGCGAUUUUGACAAAAAUAGCGAUAUGGUUGGCAAAAUUUCUAUUGAGAUGUUGACAGGGCUUUCUUGAAAAGUGGGGAUUCGACGAAAAUGGCGAAUUUGCAUACAACAAUUCAAAAAUGGCAAAUGUGACGACAAAUCACCUAAGGGUUGGCGAAAAUUCAAACUUGACUCUAAAGAGAUGUCGUGUUGCGUACAUUUCUGGAUAUCUGAUCUCCAAAUGGUGGGGGGGAAGGUCCAGCCAUUCAAUACGCAAGUUGCCGUCAGCUAGUGUCCCGGGUAAAUGUGUAGAAUUUUUGGGUUGACGUGAAAUUAGUAUGUUUCCCCUACUUUUCAUGAAAUAUGGGCCACUACGCAUUUCUUGCGAAAUAGUUUGGGACUUCGAUGAUGAGCUGCCGUGAAAUCGCUAUGUUUCCUCUAGUUUGCAAAAAAAUACUUUAUGAUAAUGCACAUAAUGCAUCCCAUUUUAAACGAAAUGCGAAAUAGUCCGAGGCGCUGGAAUGAAGUGCUGUGAAACAAGUAUUUUCACUAAUUCCCAUGGAUGUGUGGUGUUCCACUGCUUUUCCUGGAACGGAUCCGGUUUAAUAUGAGGAGUCUUGGGGUUGCAGUGAAAUUACUGUGUUUUCACUAUUGACACUAUUCUAUCAUGAGAUAUUGGGCCACGACGCAUUCUUGUCCUUAGAUCCCAUUUUCGUCGGACUGGGAAAUAGUCCAUCACUCAAAUGAAUUGCUGUGAAAUCAGUGUUUUUCUAAAAACAUGAAGGAGACAUUAUAUGGAAAUUACACAUUUCUGGCCUGCAGAUCCCAUUUUGUGAUGCAUGGGGAAAACCCCUGCUCUUGAACGGGUUGCGGUGAAAUGAGUGUUUCCUACUAUUUUUCAUUGAAUAUCCGGGUAAAUAUGCGGAAUUUUCGUCGGCCUUCAAUUUGGAGUGUGGGCCACUACCAGGAGCUAAUCGGCUUCUGCCACUACGGAGUUUUAUAGUCCGGGACUUGAAUAAAUUGCUUCGAAAUAAGUAGUGUAUGUCACUCUGAUCAAUAUAGUUUGCAGAAAAUAUGGUGCCAAAAACUAAUUUCUUACGGUAUUCAAUAAAUGUGAAAUAUAGUCCAGCACUUGAAUGAAUUGUUUUUGCCAGUGUUUGUUGCUGUGAAAUUAUUGUAUUUUAUGUGAGUGAAACAUAUUCCGUUACUUCGAUGAAGUGAAGUGAAAUCAGGGCCUUUCCUCUAGUUUCCAUGAAAUAUAGGGCUAAAUUUGCAUUUUUGGGUCCUUGGAUCCCAUCUUCUAAUAAUCGCGAAAUAGUUUGGUACUUUGAUGAGCUGCUGUGAAAUCAGAUGUUUCCCCUAGAAUUUUUGGAAUAUUAUGGCCAAUACGCAUUUCGAAUUCCGGCCCUGAGAAUGGCUGCGAUCUUCCAAUUUUUUUUUAAAAAAAGGUAUAUAGUCCGGCAGUUCCAUAAUAACUCCUCUAGUCUAGUGGGGUUAAUUUAACUCCUUACAGUGGAGUUUUUUUUUGUGGGGAAGGGAAGGGGGCGAUGGGGGGGGAGUUUUUUUAACUCCAAAAAGGAGUUUAAAGAACUCUUUUUUAGGAGUAAAAAUCACCCAGAUAUUGAGGAGUUGGAAUAUCCCCCAAAAAGGAGUUAUCCUGUACCUAAAAUUGUUACUCUGACUUGAACAGAGUUAAAGUAGUUCCAAUAAGAGUAAAAACAACUCAUGUAAGGAGUAAAAUUUCGGAGUUAUUUUAACUCCAGACUGGGAGUUAAAACCGGAAAUCUUUUUUAGGAGUAAAAAUGAUCCUAAAUUUGGAGUUAAAGUAACCCCAUUAAAGGGGUUAUCCUGUGCCUAACAUUUUGACCCUAUUUUUUGAGUUACAAUAACUCCCUAAAAAUUUACUGUGUGAGUUGCUGUGAAAUAAGUGUAUUUCCACCAGUUUGCAUGAAAUAUGGGCCAAAUAGACAUUUUUGACCCCUAGAUCCCAUCUCUUUAACGAAUGCGACGAACUGCCGUGAAAGCAUUGUGUUUCAAAAGGGCAGUUAUGUUCCCUGCUUGGAUCCCACUUUCUAAUAAUUUGGAAAUGUUCAGUGGGCACUUCGAUGAGUUAAUGUAUAAAUCAGUGCGUGUUUUCACUAAAACCCGCACGACUAUAAAGAACCUGAGUUUUAAGAACAUGUUAGGCUAAAAUUUGAAAGAGGUUCUUAUUAAUACUCUAAAAUCUAUAAAAAGACAUUCUGUGCUCUUGGGCAAAUACUGAAGAUAAGUCAACUUUGGGGAAAUGUUGUGGAGACUUAGGUGCCAAGAGUGUAAAACUGUUAGAACUGAGUGUAACUGGACAAGUCAGCAAUUCAGUUCUUCUUUUUGGUAUAACAUAACAACAUAACAUAACAACUUUAUUUAAGUGUCGAUGUCUUUAGCUUAUAAAAGCUAAUUGGGGAGACUGAAAAAAUAGGAAAAAAAUUAAAAAAUGAGUUUAUACAUGGUAUCAUAAGGUGAAUUUGUAAUUCGCUAAAUUCUAAAAUUUAUGAAAGGUAAAAAUUUAAAAGUUAAAAGAUUACGGAGUUAUCCCCACUAAAAUAUACAGAAAAAUGCUAAUCUGGUAUGCACAUUUCAAAUGAGGAAUCUGUUAAGGCUAUCUCAGUGAGAAACUGCAGGAUCUUACUUGUGGGUUUUAUUGUAUUUGUCAUGGAAUAUUGGGGCAACUACACAUUUGCGGCCUUUAGACCCGUUUACUACGAGGAAUAGUCCAGCAUUUCGAUGCGCUCAGUGAAAUCAGUAUAUUUUCACUAACUGCCAUCAAGUACAGCUGUCAAAUAGUGGUGUUUCGUGCACAUUAUGGAAAGUAUUCCAUAUUUCUCUGGGAGCAGGGAUAACAAGCUGAAGGGGAUGUCAGAAGUUUUGACUUUUUCACUUGUGUAGGAAAGUUUAAUGCUCAAUACUCAAGGUCAGUUAACUCAUCUCUGCAGUUAAUUAAUACGCUCCCUGCAUUUGCGACAAUAAAGUAAAGAGGGCCGAAGGCCCGAAGGUGCAGCUUAACCAAGGGAUCAACUCUUAACCGCCGCUACUGCGCCUUCAGAACAACAUCUUUUGCCAAAAAAUUUUUAUUUUACGAUUCAAAUCACAUUGAUCUUAACAUCCUGAAAUAGACAUCAUUUUAGGCAAACAGUAAUCAAGUCUCUCUCUUGAAUUUGCCCACCCUUAAAAUUACCAGUCCAUCCCAUCAUGUAUGUCAUUGGCCCAGAUGAUUUCGGAUGAUUGCGCAUUUAGAAUUAAGACCAGAUUUUCAUUUUAAACGUUUCUAUUAUACGAUUCCGAUCUUUUAGGUCUUAUUAAUAUUGAAAUAAAGUUACUUUUACCCGCACCGUAAUCAAAUGUAUUUCUCAAAUUUCCCCGCCCUAAAAAUGACUUGACCCUGGAUGAAUUCUUGAAAUCGCCAUUUUCUCAUAGACCGUAAUGAACUGGCCCAAAAUUUUGCACAACCAUUGUUUCCAAUCUCUCCUGGGUAUUACAGUCGUCCCAAGAUAAAUCUAAGACAAUGUUUAUGCAAAAUUUUUAAGCGGUAAACAAGUCGCGUUAAGGUCUAUGAGAAAAUGGCGCAUUCAAGAAUUCUUCACUUUGCGCCUUCAUAAGAUCAGUUUUUUUUGUUUAAACGCUCCUAUUAUACGAUUCAAAACAGUUUCAUAUUAACAUCAUAGAAAUAGACUUCAUUUGGGGGGAACUGUAAUAAAACUUCUUUCUCGAAUUUGCCCGCCUUAAAAACGCCCGUGAAUCGGCAUCCUAUAGGAUGUCACACACGUUACACUUGCCAUUCAGAAUUUCUUUACUUUGCGCCUUCACGUGCAAGACCAGAUUUUUGCUUAAAACGUUUCUGUUGCAGGAUUCGGAAUAGUUUGAUGUGAAUAUCAUCGAAAUUCACUUCAUUUGGGGGGAACUGUAAUAAAAUUUCUUUCUCGAAUUUGCCCGCCUUAAAAACGCCCGUGAAUCGGCAUCCUAUAGGAUGUCCGCACGCGCUGCACUCGCCAUUCCAAAAUUCUUUACUUUGCGCCUUCGGAAGACCAGAUUUUUGCUUAAAACGUUUCUAUUACACGAUUCGGAACAGUUUGAUUUGAAUAUCAUCGAAAUACACUUCGUUUGGGGGGAACUGUAAUAAAAUUUCUUUCUCGAAUUUGCCGGCCUGAAAAACGCCCGUGAAUAGGCAUCCUAUAGGAUGUCACACACGCUACACUUGCCAUUCAGAAAUUCUUUACUUUGCGCCUUCAGAAGACCAGAUUUUUGCUUAAAACGUUUGUAUUGCACGAUUCGGAACAGUUUGAUGUGAAUAUCAUCGAAAUACACUUCAUUUGGGGGGAACUGUAAUAAAAUUUCUUUCUCGAAUUUGCCGGCCUUAAAAACGCCCGUGAAUCGUCAUCCUAUAGGAUGUCACACACGCUGCACUCGCCAUUCAGAAAUUCUUUGCUUUGGGCCCUUGGAAGACCAGAUUUUUGCUUAAAACGUUUGUAUUGCACGAUUCGGAACAGUUUGAUGUGAAUAUCAUCGAAAUAGACUUCAUUUGGGGGGAACUGUAAUAAAACUUCUUUCUCGAAUUUGCCCGCCUUAAAAACGCCCGUGAAUCGGCAUCCUAUAGGAUGUCACACACGUUACACUUGCCAUUCAGAAAUUCUUUACUUUGCGCCUCCACGUGCAAGACCAGAUUUUUGCUUAAAACGUUUCUGUUGCACGAUUCGGAAUAGUUUGAUGUGAAUAUCAUCGAAAUUCACUUCAUUUGGGGGGAACUGUAAUAAAAUUUCUUUCUCGAAUUUGCCCGCCUUAAAAACGCCCGUGAAUCGGCAUCCUAUAGGAUGUCCGCACGCGCUGCACUCGCCAUUCCAAAAUUCUUUACUUUGCGCCUUCGGAAGACCAGAUUUUUGCUUAAAACGUUUCUAUUACACGAUUCGGAACAGUUUGAUUUGAAUAUCAUCGAAAUACACUUCAUUUGGGGGGAACUGUAAUAAAAUUUCUUUCUCGAAUUUGCCGGCCUUAAAAACGCCCGUGAAUAGGCAUCCUAUAGGAUGUCACACACGCUACGCUUGCCAUUCAGAAAUUCUUUACUUUGCGCCUUCAGAAGACCAGAUUUUUGCUUAAAACGUUUCUAUUGCACGAUUCGGAACAGUUUGAUUUGAAUAUCAUCGAAAUACACUUCAUUUGGGGGGAACUGUAAUAAAAUUUCUUUCUCGAAUUUGCCCGCCUUAAAAACGCCCGUGAAUCGGCAUCCUAUAGGAUGUCACACACGCUACACUUGCCAUUCAGAAAUUCUUUACUUUGCGCCUUCAGAAGACCAGAUUUUUGCUUAAAACGUUUCUAUUGCACGAUUCGGAACAGUUUGAUAUGAAUAUCAUCGAAAUACACUUCAUUUGGGGGGAACUGUAAUAAAAUUUCUUUCUCGAAUUUGCCCGCCUUAAAAACGCCCGUGAAUCGUCAUCCUAUAGGAUGUCACACACGCUGCACUCGCCAUUCAGAAAUUCUUUGCUUUGGGCCCUUGGAAGACCAGAUUUUUGCUUAAAACGUUUCUAUUGCACGAUUCGGAACAGUUUGAUGAGAAUAUCAUAGAAAUAGACUUCAUUUGGGGGGAACUGUAAUAAAACUUCUUUCUCGAAUUUGCCCGCCUUAAAAACGCCCGUGAAUCGGCAUCCUAUAGGAUGUCACACACGUUACACUUGCCAUUCAGAAAUUCUUUACUUUGCGCCUUCACGUGCAAGACCAGAUUUUUCCUUAAAACGUUUCUGUUGCACGAUUCGGAAUAGUUUGAUGUGAAUAUCAUCGAAAUUCACUUCAUUUGGGGGGAACUGUAAUAAAAUUUCUUUCUCGAAUUUGCCCGCCUUAAAAACGCCCGUGAAUCGGCAUCGUAUAGGAUGUCCGCACGCGCUGCACUCGCCAUUCCAAAAUUCUUUACUUUGCGCCUUCGGAAGACCAGAUUUUUGCUUAAAACGUUUCUAUUACACGAUUCGGAACAGUUUGAUUUGAAUAUCAUCGAAAUACACUUCAUUUGGGGGAACUGUAAUAAAAUUUCUUUCUCGAAUUUGCCGGCCUUAAAAAACGCCCGUGAAUCGGCAUCCUAUAGGAUGUCACACACGUUACACUUGCCAUUCAGAAAUUCUUUACUUUGCACCUUCACGUGCAAGACCAGAUUUUUGCUUAAAACGUUUCUGUUGCAGGAUUCGGAAUAGUUUGAUGUGAAUAUCAUCGAAAUUCACUUCAUUUGGGGGGAACUGUAAUAAAAUUUCUUUCUCGAAUUUGCCCGCCUUAAAAACGCCCGUGAAUCGGCAUCCUAUAGGAUGUCCGCACGCGCUGCACUCGCCAUUCCAAAAUUCUUUACUUUGCGCCUUCGGAAGACCAGAUUUUUGCUUAAAACGUUUCUAUUACACGAUUCGGAACAGUUUGAUUUGAAUAUCAUCGAAAUACACUUCAUUUGGGGGGAACUGUAAUAAAAUUUCUUUCUCGAAUUUGCCGGCCUUAAAAACGCCCGUGAAUCGGCAUCCUAUAGGAUGUCACACACGUUACACUUGCCAUUCAGAAAUUCUUUACUUUGCACCUUCACGUGCAAGACCAGAUUUUUGCUUAAAACGUUUCUGUUGCACGAUUCGGAAUAGUUUGAUGUGAAUAUCAUCGAAAUUCACUUCAUUUGGGGGGAACUGUAAUAAAAUUUCUUUCUCGAAUUUGCCCGCCUUAAAAAACGCCCGUGAAUCGGCAUCCUAUAGGAUGUCCGCACGCGCUGCACUCGCCAUUCAAAAUUCUUUACUUUGCGCCUUCGGAAGACCAGAUUUUUGCUUAAAACGUUUCUAUUACACGAUUCGGAACAGUUUGAUUUGAAUAUCAUCGAAAUACACUUCAUUUGGGGGAACUGUAAUAAAAUUUCUUUCUCGAAUUUGCCGGCCUUAAAAAACGCCCGUGAAUAGGCAUCCUAUAGGAUGUCACACACGCUACACUUGCCAUUCAGAAAUUCUUUACUUUGCGCCUUCAGAAGACCAGCUUUUUGCUUAAAACGUUUCUGUUGCACGAUUCGGAAUAGUUUGAUGUGAAUAUCAUAGAAAUACACUUCAUUUGGGGGAACUGUAAUAAAAUUUCUUUCUCGAAUUUGCCCGCCUUAAAAACGCCCGUGAAUCGUCAUCCUAUAGGAUGUCACACACGCUGCACUCGCCAUUCAGAAAUUCUUUGCUUUGGGCCCUUGGAAGACCAGAUUUUUGCUUAAAACGUUUCUAUUGCACGAUUCGGAACAGUUUGAUGUAAAUAUCAUAGAAAUAGACUUCAUUUGGGGGGAACUGUAAUAAAACUUCUUUCUCGAAUUUGCCCGCCUUAAAAACGCCCGUCAAUCGGCAUCCUAUAGGAUGUCACACACGUUACACUUGCCAUUCAGAAUUUCUUUACUUUGCGCCUUCACGUGCAAGACCAGAUUUUUGCUUAAAACGUUUCUGUUGCACGAUUCGGAAUAGUUUGAUGUGAAUAUCAUCGAAAUUCACUUCAUUUGGGGAACUGUAAUAAAAUUUCUUUCUCGAAUUUGCCCGCCUUUAAAACGCCCGUGAAUCGGCAUCCUAUAGGAUGUCCGCACGCGCUGCACUCGCCAUUCAAAAUUCUUUACUUUGCGCCUUCGGAAGACCAGAUUUUUGCUUAAAACGUUUCUAUUACACGAUUCGGAACAGUUUGAUUUGAAUAUCAUCGAAAUACACUUCAUUUGGGGGGAACUGUAAUAAAAUUUCUUUCUCGAAUUUGCCGGCCUUAAAAACGCCCGUGAAUAGGCAUCCUAUAGGAUGUCACACACGCUACACUUGCCAUUCAGAAAUUCUUUACUUUGCGCCUUCAGAAGACCAGAUUUUUGCUUAAAACGUUUCUGUUGCAUGAUUCGGAAUAGUUUGAUGUGAAUAUCAUCGAAAUACACUUCAUUUGGGGGGAACUGUAAUAAAAUUUCUUUCUCGAAUUUGCCCGCCUUAAAAACGCCCGUGAAUCGGCAUCCUAUAGGAUGUCCGCACGCGCUGCACUCGCCAUUCCAAAAUUCUUUACUUUGCGCCUUCGGAAGACCAGAUUUUUUGCUUAAAACGUUUCUAUUACACGAUUCGGAACAGUUUGAUUUGAAUAUCAUCGAAAUACACUUCAUUUGGGGGGAACUGUAAUAAAAUUUCUUUCUCGAAUUUGCCGGCCUUAAAAACGCCCGUGAAUAGGCAUCCUAUAGGAUGUCACACACGCUACGCUUGCCAUUCAGAAAUUCUUUACUUUGCGCCUUCAGAAGACCAGAUUUUUGCUUAAAACGUUUCUAUUGCACGAUUCGGAACAGUUUGAUUUGAAUAUCAUCGAAAUACACUUCAUUUGGGGGGAACUGUAAUAAAAUUUCUUUCUCGAAUUUGCCCGCCUUAAAAACGCCCGUGAAUCGGCAUCCUAUAGGAUGUCACACACGCUACACUUGCCAUUCAGAAAUUCUUUACUUUGCGCCUUCAGAAGACCAGAUUUUCGCUUAAAACGUUUCUAUUGCACGAUUCGGAACAGUUUGAUAUGAAUAUCAUCGACAUACACUUCAUUUGGGGGGAACUGUAAUAAAAUUUCUUUCUCGAAUUUGCCCGCCUUAAAAACGCCCGUGAAUCGUCAUCCUAUAGGAUGUCACACACGCUGCACUCGCCAUUCAGAAAUUCUUUGCUUUGGGCCCUUGGAAGACCAGAUUUUUGCUUAAAACGUUUCUAUUGCACGAUUCGGAACAGUUUGAUGAGAAUAUCAUAGAAAUAGACUUCAUUUGGGGGGAACUGUAAUAAAACUUCUUUCUCGAAUUUGCCCGCCUUAAAAACGCCCGUGAAUCGGCAUCCUAUAGGAUGUCCGCACGCGCUGCACUCGCCAUUCCAAAAUUCUUUACUUUGCGCCUUCGGAAGACCAGAUUUUUGCUUAAAACGUUUCUAUUACACGAUUCGGAACAGUUUGAUUUGAAUAUCAUCGAAAUACACUUCAUUUGGGGGGAACUGUAAUAAAAUUUCUUUCUCGAAUUUGCCGGCCUUAAAAACGCCCGUGAAUCGGCAUCCUAUAGGAUGUCACACACGUUACACUUGCCAUUCAGAAAUUCUUUACUUUGCACCUUCACGUGCAAGACCAGAUUUUUGCUUAAAACGUUUCUGUUGCAGGAUUCGGAAUAGUUUGAUGUGAAUAUCAUCGAAAUUCACUUCAUUUGGGGGGAACUGUAAUAAAAUUUCUUUCUCGAAUUUGCCCGCCUUAAAAACGCCCGUGAAUCGGCAUCCUAUAGGAUGUCCGCACGCGCUGCACUCGCCAUUCCAAAAUUCUUUACUUUGCGCCUUCGGAAGACCAGAUUUUUGCUUAAAACGUUUCUAUUACACGAUUCGGAACAGUUUGAUUUGAAUAUCAUCGAAAUACACUUCAUUUGGGGGGAACUGUAAUAAAAUUUCUUUCUCGAAUUUGCCGGCCUUAAAAACGCCCGUGAAUAGGCAUCCUAUAGGAUGUCACACACGCUACACUUGCCAUUCAGAAAUUCUUUACUUUGCGCCUUCAGAAGACCAGCUUUUUGCUUAAAACGUUUCUGUUGCACGAUUCGGAAUAGUUUGAUGUGAAUAUCAUCGAAAUACACUUCAUUUGGGGGGAACUGUAAUAAAAUUUCUUUCUCGAAUUUGCCCGCCUUAAAAACGCCCGUGAAUCGUCAUCCUAUAGGAUGUCACACACGCUGCACUCGCCAUUCAGAAAUUCUUUGCUUUGGGCCCUUGGAAGACCUGAUUUUUGCUUAAAACGUUUCUAUUGCACGAUUCGGAACAGUUUGAUGUAAAUAUCAUAGAAAUAGACUUCAUUUGGGGGGAACUGUAAUAAAACUUCUUUCUCGAAUUUGCCCGCCUUAAAAACGCCCGUCAAUCGGCAUCCUAUAGGAUGUCACACACGUUACACUUGCCAUUCAGAAAUUCUUUACUUUGCGCCUUCACGUGCAAGACCAGAUUUUUGCUUAAAACGUUUCUGUUGCACGAUUCGGAAUAGUUUGAUGUGAAUAUCAUCGAAAUUCACUUCAUUUGGGGGGAACUGUAAUAAAAUUUCUUUCUCGAAUUUGCCCGCCUUAAAAACGCCCGUGAAUCGGCAUCCUAUAGGAUGUCCGCACGCGCUGCACUCGCCAUUCCAAAAUUCUUUACUUUGCGCCUUCGGAAGACCAGAUUUUUGCUUAAAACGUUUCUAUUACACGAUUCGGAACAGUUUGAUUUGAAUAUCAUCGAAAUACACUUCAUUUGGGGGAACUGUAAUAAAAUUUCUUUCUCGAAUUUGCCGGCCUUAAAACGCCCGUGAAUAGGCAUCCUAUAGGAUGUCACACACGCUACACUUGCCAUUCAGAAAUUCUUUACUUUGCGCCUUCAGAAGACCAGAUUUUUGCUUAAAACGUUUCUGUUGCAUGAUUCGGAAUAGUUUGAUGUGAAUAUCAUCGAAAUACACUUCAUUUGGGGGGAACUGUAAUAAAAUUUCUUUCUCGAAUUUGCCCGCCUUAAAAACGCCCGUGAAUCGGCAUCCUAUAGGAUGUCCGCACGCGCUGCACUCGCCAUUCCAAAAUUCUUUACUUUGCGCCUUCGGAAGACCAGAUUUUUGCUUAAAACGUUUCUAUUACACGAUUCGGAACAGUUUGAUUUGAAUAUCAUCGAAAUACACUUCAUUUGGGGGGAACUGUAAUAAAAUUUCUUUCUCGAAUUUGCCGGCCUUAAAAACGCCCGUGAAUAGGCAUCCUAUAGGAUGUCACACACGCUACGCUUGCCAUUCAGAAAUUCUUUACUUUGCGCCUUCAGAAGACCAGAUUUUUGCUUAAAACGUUUCUAUUGCACGAUUCGGAACAGUUUGAUUUGAAUAUCAUCGAAAUACACUUCAUUUGGGGGGAACUGUAAUAAAAUUUCUUUCUCGAAUUUGCCCGCCUUAAAAACGCCCGUGAAUCGGCAUCCUAUAGGAUGUCACACACGCUACACUUGCCAUUCAGAAAUUCUUUACUUUGCGCCUUCAGAAGACCAGAUUUUUGCUUAAAACGUUUCUAUUACACGAUUCGGAACAGUUUGAUGUGAAUAUCAUAGAAAUACACUUCAUUUGGGGGGAACUGUAAUAAAAUUUCUUUCUCGAAUUUGCCCGCCUUAAAAACGCCCGUGAAUCGGCAUCCUAUAGGAUGUCACACACGCUGCACUCGCCAUUCAGAAAUUCUUUGCUUUGGGCCCUUGGAAGACCAGAUUUUUUGCUUAAAACGUUUCUAUUGCACGAUUCGGAACAGUUUGAUGAGAAUAUCAUAGAAAUAGACUUCAUUUGGGGGGAACUGUAAUAAAACUUCUUUCUCGAAUUUGCCCGCCUUAAAAACGCCCGUGAAUCGGCAUCCUAUAGGAUGUCACACACGUUACACUUGCCAUUCAGAAAUUCUUUACUUUGCGCCUUCACGUGCAAGACCAGAUUUUUGCUUAAAACGUUUCUGUUGCACGAUUCGGAAUAGUUUGAUGUGAAUAUCAUCGAAAUUCACUUCAUUUGGGGGGAACUGUAAUAAAAUUUCUUUCUCGAAUUUGCCCGCCUUAAAAACGCCCGUGAAUCGGCAUCCUAUAGGAUGUCCGCACGCGCUGCACUCGCCAUUCCAAAAUUCUUUACUUUGCGCCUUCGGAAGACCAGAUUUUUGCUUAAAACGUUUCUAUUACACGAUUCGGAACAGUUUGAUUUGAAUAUCAUCGAAAUACACUUCAUUUGGGGGGAACUGUAAUAAAAUUUCUUUCUCGAAUUUGCCGGCCUUAAAAACGCCCGUGAAUAGGCAUCCUAUAGGAUGUCACACACGCUACACUUGCCAUUCAGAAAUUCUUUACUUUGCGCCUUCAGAAGACCAGAUUUUUGCUUAAAACGUUUCUGUUACAUGAUUCGGAAUAGUUUGAUGUGAAUAUCAUCGAAAUACACUUCAUUUGGGGGGAACUGUAAUAAAAUUUCUUUCUCGAAUUUGCCGGCCUUAAAAACGCCCGUGAAUAGGCAUCCUAUAGGAUGUCACACACGCUACGCUUGCCAUUCAGAAAUUCUUUACUUUGCGCCUUCAGAAGACCAGAUUUUUGCUUAAAACGUUUCUAUUGCACGAUUCGGAACAGUUUGAUUUGAAUAUCAUCGAAAUACACUUCAUUUCGGGGGAACUGUAAUAAAAUUUCUUUCUCGAAUUUGCCCGCCUUAAAAACGCCCGUGAAUCGGCAUCCUAUAGGAUGUCACACACGCUACACUUGCCAUUCAGAAAUUCUUUACUUUGCGCCUUCAGAAGACCAGAUUUUUGCUUAAAACGUUUCUAUUGCACGAUUCGGAACAGUUUGAUGUGAAUAUCAUAGAAAUACACUUCAUUUGGGGGAACUGUAAUAAAAUUUCUUUCUCGAAUUUGCCCGCCUUAAAAACGCCCGUGAAUCGUCAUCCUAUAGGAUGUCACACACGCUGCACUCGCCAUUCAGAAAUUCUUUGCUUUGGGCCCUUGGAAGACCAGAUUUUUGCUUAAAACGUUUCUAUUGCACGAUUCGGAACAGUUUGAUGAGAAUAUCAUAGAAAUAGACUUCAUUUGGGGGGAACUGUAAUAAAACUUCUUUCUCGAAUUUGCCCGCCUUAAAAACGCCCGUGAAUCGGCAUCCUAUAGGAUGUCACACACGUUACACUUGCCAUUCAGAAAUUCUUUACUUUGCGCCUUCACGUGCAAGACCAGAUUUUUGCUUAAAACGUUUCUGUUGCACGAUUCGGAAUAGUUUGAUGUGAAUAUCAUCGAAAUUCACUUCAUUUGGGGGGAACUGUAAUAAAAUUUCUUUCUCGAAUUUGCCCGCCUUAAAAACGCCCGUGAAUCGGCAUCCUAUAGGAUGUCCGCACGCGCUGCACUCGCCAUUCCAAAAUUCUUUACUUUGCGCCUUCGGAAGACCAGAUUUUUGCUUAAAACGUUUCUAUUACACGAUUCGGAACAGUUUGAUUUGAAUAUCAUCGAAAUACACUUCAUUUGGGGGGAACUGUAAUAAAAUUUCUUUCUCGAAUUUGCCGGCCUUAAAAACGCCCGUGAAUAGGCAUCCUAUAGGAUGUCACACACGCUACACUUGCCAUUCAGAAAUUCUUUACUUUGCGCCUGCAGAAGACCAGAUUUUUGCUUAAAACGUUUCUGUUGCACGAUUCGGAAUAGUUUGAUGUGAAUAUCAUCGAAAUACACUUCAUUUGGGGGGAACUGUAAUAAAAUUUCUUUCUCGAAUUUGCCCGCCUUAAAAACGCCCGUGAAUCGUCAUCCUAUAGGAUGUCACACACGCUGCACUCGCCAUUCAGAAAUUCUUUGCUUUGGGCCCUUGGAAGACCAGAUUUUUGCUUAAAACGUUUCUAUUGCACGAUUCGGAACAGUUUGAUGUAAAUAUCAUAGAAAUAGACUUCAUUUGGGGGGAACUGUAAUAAAACUUCUUUCUCGAAUUUGCCCGCCUUAAAAACGCCCGUCAAUCGGCAUCCUAUAGGAUGUCACACACGUUACACUUGCCAUUCAGAAAUUCUUUACUUUGCACCUUCACGUGCAAGACCAGAUUUUUGCUUAAAACGUUUCUAUUGCACGAUUCGGAACAGUUUGAUGUGAAUAUCAUAGAAAUAGACUUCAUUUGGGGGGAACUGUAAUAAAACUUCUUUCUCGAAUUUGCCCGCCUUAAAAACGCCCGUGAAUCGGCAUCCUAUAGGAUGUCACACACGUUACACUUGCCAUUCAGAAAUUCUUUACUUUGCACCUUCACGUGCAAGACCAGAUUUUUGCUUAAAACGUUUCUGUUGCAGGAUUUGGAAUAGUUUGAUGUGAAUAUCAUCGAAAUUCACUUCAUUUGGGGGGAACUGUAAUAAAAUUUCUUUCUCGAAUUUGCCCGCCUUAAAAACGCCCGUGAAUCGGCAUCCUAUAGGAUGUCCGCACGCGCUGCACUCGCCAUUCCAAAAUUCUUUACUUUGCGCCUUCGGAAGACCAGAUUUUUGCUUAAAACGUUUCUAUUACACGAUUCGGAACAGUUUGAUUUGAAUAUCAUCGAAAUACACUUCAUUUGGGGGGAACUGUAAUAAAAUUUCUUUCUCGAAUUUGCCGGCCUUAAAAACGCCCGUGAAUAGGCAUCCUAUAGGAUGUCACACACGCUACACUUGCCAUUCAGAAAUUCUUUACUUUGCGCCUUCAGAAGACCAGAUUUUUGCUUAAAACGUUUCUAUUGCACGAUUCGGAACAGUUUGAUGUGAAUAUCAUCGAAAUACACUUCAUUUGGGGGGAACUGUAAUAAAAUUUCUUUCUCGAAUUUGCCCGCCUUAAAAACGCCCGUGAAUCGGCAUCCUAUAGGAUGUCACACACGCUACACUUGCCAUUCAGAAAUUCUUUACUUUGCGCCUUCAGAAGACCAGAUUUUUGCUUAAAACGUUUCUAUUACACGAUUCGGAACAGUUUGAUGUGAAUAUCAUCGAAAUACACUUCAUUUGGGGGGAACUGUAAUAAAAUUUCUUUCUCGAAUUUGCCCGCCUUAAAAACGCCCGUGAAUCGUCAUCCUAUAGGAUGUCACACACGCUGCACUCGCCAUUCAGAAAUUCUUUGCUUUGGGCCCUUGGAAGACCAGAUUUUUGCUUAAAACGUUUCUAUUGCACGAUUCGGAACAGUUUGAUGUGAAUAUCAUAGAAAUACACUUCAUUUGGGGGAACUGUAAUAAAAUUUCUUUCUCGAAUUUGCCCGUCUUAAAAACGCCCGUCGUAUCAUCAUCCUAUUAGACGUGAGCCAGACCGCCCUCCCCAAACCCAGAAUAUUUUAUUUUCCGUGUUGAGAACUACAACUCUUUACUAAAGACGUUUUAUCUCAAAUCACGGAUGGAUUUUAACCCAACACAAUGAAGUAAAACUUCACUUUGAGCAAUUUAACUUCCCCCUAUUUGUUACUCGUCUUCGAGUUAUGCGGAAUUAGCUGGAAUUGUUUGAAAAUUUGCGUUUUUUAUAUCAAAUAGUCGUUAAUAUUUUAGUCUUUCCAUUUUCCGCUGUAUCAAAGAGGCGGAAUUGUUUUUAUUUUAUCUAAAAUAUAACGGUUACUUGCACAGAUAGUUGUGUAGCCUGUGGACCGCCAUAUUGCCCGUACUAUAGUACGUAAUUCAG